CAAUGAUGGAUUUCUGUCCCAGAGUCCCGAAACAGGAUAACAGCAGUGAUUGUGGGGUAUAUUUAUUGCAGUAUGUGGAAACCUUCUUCCAGCCAAAAUAAAUAUGCUGAACUUACCUUGGAAAAUCCAUCUGGGUGUCUUGAUUUUUGUGUUGUUAGAAGGGGAUCUUCAAGUAUUUACAGCAGAAAUUUAUUCCGCUGCAGAGGAAAUUGAAGGUAAGGAUGCUAGGCCAACAACUCAACCCAGUGGCUGGCAAUUAGUAAAUCCUUCCCUGUCUCCUGAGUCAAGACAACGUACUGAAUUCACAGGAAAGGAACACCUCAACAGGCGUGUGUUGUUUCGAAGGAAGAGGUCCAUCCUGUUUCCUAGUGGAGUUAAAAUUUGUCCAGAUGAGACUGGUGAGCAGGUCAUUGCCAACCAUCUGAAAUACUUCAGACUCCGAGUGUGCCAGGAAGCAGUCUGGGAGGUCUUCAAGACAUUCUGGGACAGACUUCCAGCACAUGAAGAAUAUCAGUACUGGAUGAGUUUGUGUGAGGAAGGAACUAUGAGCAUAUUUGAAAUGGGCACAAACUUCAGUCAGUCUGAAGAGCACCAGAGCCUGAUUAAGAAGAUGCAAAUGGAAGUGCGAACCCCUUUGGAAAUCUUAGACAUAAGCUCUGGACCCUCAGAGGUCUGCAGACCAUGGGUUGAAAACCAUUGUUCUACGAAACGGUCCUAUAUGAAAGAAGCAAUGGACGGUGCCUGCAGCGAUUGGUCCUGUGGCUCUGGAAUUCCAACACCAUCUCCAGCUGCUGAUGCUACCACAUUAAGAGAUGCAGCUGCCAAUGUCCCACCCCCUCAUGAGGUCUCCAUUGAGAGUCCAUCAAAUUAUACCUUCAACAAGAAUGAAGACUCAGAUGCUAGCAUCAACAAUGAGAUAAAGCAGGAAGAUGUGAAGCUGAUGAAACCUGUUCCUGACCGGAUGGUUGAGUUCAGCAUCCUUAUUUUAGGAGAGAAAUACACUGAAGAAUUGAGUGACCCAUCCACUAUGCAGCAUCAGCUACUCUCAGAACAGUUUAUUUCCCACGUAAAAAAUGCAUUUGAAGAAUUACCUGGAUACAAUAAUAUCCAUGUGCUGGAAUUCAGGUCUCCUGAUGAUGACAGUGGUGUGGAGGUCCACUACGCUGUCACAUUUGUUGGGGAAACCAUCAGCAAUGCCACCUGGGACCUUAUUAACCUUCAUUCCAACAAAGUGGAGGACAACUCCUUCAUAGAACUUGAGGAUAACCCAACUGUUGUUUACACAAUCAGUGACUUCAGAACUUAUAUUGCUGAAAUCCUUCACAAGAACUCUUUCCUUGAAAACAUCUCUUUGACCUUGGACCCUGACUCUCUCCUGCUCAUUAAUGUGAAAGAAGUUCUCUCCCCUGCACCUGAAGACACAUCCAGGAUUACUGAAAAUCCAGUUGUUCUUGAGUCUCCAGAAAUUGAUCUUGAUAAUGCCCUUUUAGCUGAGUGGCCCUCUGCAGACACAACAACUACAAGCAAUAUUUUGCCACUUGAUUUCACCAAACCAGGUUUCACCAUUGAUAGUGAACAGUCCAAUGGCAAUGAAAUCUGGUUAAGAUCUGAAAACCUGGACUCUGAGAACAACUUGAAUUCAACACCAAAGGCUGUUCUCACUUCUUCUCCUGGUGUGAUGAGUCUAGAGGAAGGGGGCCAGAUUCUUCAUUCUGGCACCCCAUCAAUAUUAGAAAAUUACUCUUCUGUGGACUCUCAGGAAUGGCUGUCUAUCCCUGCUUCUUCAGAAGAUGAUGCUGGAGUGCCGGAAGGCUUUCUUCUGCCUUCCAGUCUACAUCCUCAUCUUGCGUCAAAAGAAAUGCCAUCCAUAGACACUUCUGUGGUUCCUCCAACUUCUAUACCAACAGUGGCCUCUACAUCAGAAACAGAGCCUAAUAAUGAGGAAGUGAUCUCUACAGAGAAGGCAAGAGAAGCCAUGCCCAUUGACAUAGACUCUAUAUCCCAUGACAGUCUGGAGGACGGAGAAGUAUAUUUAGAGGUGAACCCUCUGCAACCCGAUCUGUAUCCAGGAGGAGAAAUUAUGUAUGAGGAUGGAUCUGGAUCAGCAUUUGAUGCUUCAGGUCAAGAGGCAUGGCCAUGGGGCAUAGCAACAUUAGAGCCAGUUGUCUACCAUCUUCCUGAAAGCUGGCUGAAAGAUAAAAAUGAUUCUCCAUUAAUCAGAGCACAGGAUACUCCUGAGGAACAGAUCCUAGAUUAUAUCAUUGAUUCUUUAGAUAAAUUAAAUGGUAAUCCUGAGGAUGGAGGCAUGACCAAUGCAAGAAGGGAAUUCACUGAUGACUCUGAAUCAAACGUACCUGGACUUUCAGAAAUGGCAACUCAGCAGGUGCCUAUGUUAUGGACAGAAGAAACCUUGAAUAUGGAACUGUCCAUGGAAACAUCAGAGGCAUCAGGCAUGUCUGAUUAUUAUUCAUCCAUUGCAUAUGAGCCCUCAGUGGACUAUUCUUCUUUAGAUAUGGCAGAUGAACAGACCUCCAUCUCACCACAUGAAAAAGAUCGCUCUAUAGAAGGUCAUCUCCUUACAUCUACAGGGACAUUCAAUGUAAAACAAGCUGAUGAUUCCAGCGAGGAUCAUCAAAUAAUUUAUGAAGCAGUAGGAAACCAGAACAGGGAAGGGACAAAGUCAGAAGAACCAUCCACAAUAGUCCAGUCGGGUGUAGCUAUUUCAAUAGGACAUCAAGACAUGGAUUCCUCAUGGUCUGGGCUCCUCACGCCAGAAACAGUCCUGACAGCAACUCCUAUGAUGGAAAAAAUAGUCACUGAUGUUUUAAUGGAGGAGCAGCAAACUCCAGAUUUGCACUUGACAACUCAACAAGCUUCUGGAUCACUUGCUGUGAAACCAAUAAAUAUUUGGCCUACUCACAACACUGUAAGGGCGUCUGAGAAACCUGCAGAUCAAGACAUGCAAUCUGAAGCACCGACCAGGGUUGAAGUUUCAACCAUAACACCUUAUUUACUGGAGCUGGCCACUGGUUCAGGGGAUUUCACUGGACUGUCUAGUACAGACCAUGACACUAGUACCCCUAGUAGCUUAAAUAUGGCAGUGGGUUCUUUUGCAACAGUGACUAUAACAAAGACUCCUAUUGGUUCUCUGUCCAGUUUCCCUACUACACAAUAUACAGUAUCUCAGCCUACUGUUAGCUCAACAAAACUGGGGGAGGACAUGACUACGAGAGUACAGGAUACUUCAGUGGAGCUGGAUCAUGUGGGCACAAUGUUGUAUCCUCAUGAGAUGAACCUGGAAGAAAGAAGUAUGACUGAUAGUCACAUGGAGAUAUCUACUAACGUCCACUCCACAGAGAUGGCCAGCGUAGCUUGGCCCACGCAUGCAAAUCGCAACACUACCAGGUCCUCACGAGCUUUAGUGGUGUUCUUUAGCCUCCGUGUUACCAACAUGAUGUUUUCAGAGGACCUAUUCAAUAAAAAUUCCCCAGAAUAUAAGGCACUGGAGCAACGAUUCUUAGAACUGCUGGUUCCCUACCUCCAGUCCAAUCUAACAGGUUUCCAGAAUCUCGAAAUCCUGAACUUCAGGAACGGCAGUAUUGUGGUGAACAGCCGCAUGAAGUUUGAAAAACCUGUGCCUCGUAAUGUCACGAAUGCGGUCUAUAUAAUUCUGGAAGACUUCUGCAACACUGCCUACCAGACCAUGAACCUGGCCAUUGACAAGUACUCCCUGGACGUGGAAUCAGGAGAUCAAGCUGAUCCUUGCAAGUUCCAGGCUUGCAAUGAGUUCUCCGAAUGCUUAGUAAAUCGCUGGAGUGGUGAGGCAGAGUGUGUGUGUUAUCCUGGCUAUCUAAGCAUUGAAGGAUUGCCCUGUAACAGCAUCUGUGACCUGCAACCAGACUUUUGCCAAAAUGAUGGGAAGUGCGACAUAAUCCCAGGACAAGGGGCCAUCUGUAGAUGUCGUGUAGGUGAGAACUGGUGGUACAGAGGAGAGCACUGUGAAGAGUAUGUCUCGGAGCCAUUGGUUGUGGGUAUCGCAAUUGCUUCAGUGGCUGGCUUCCUUCUUGUGGCAUCCGCUGUCAUUUUCUUCCUGGCCAGGACCCUUCGAGACCAGUACUCAAAAAGUGACACUGAGGACUCAUUAGGGCAGGGUGAUAGCCUCUCCUCCAUUGAGAAUGCAGUGAAGUACAACCCUAUGUAUGAGAGUGAUACGACUGGGUACAACCACUACUAUCGGAGAUACCCACAGCUCACCUCGUACAGCUCUACCAGUGCAGAGACAUCCACAGACUACAGCAGUGAAGAGAUAAGGCACAUUUAUGAGCACAGUGAGCUCACAAAGGAGGAAAUCCAGGACAGAAUACGGAUUAUAGAGCUUUAUGCCAAAGAUCGGCAGUUUGCAGAGUUUGUUAGACAACAUCAAAUGAAGCUGCUUUAAAAAAAAAAUUGAAACCAGAAGAAGUUUUGUGGAAGAUGACUUUGUUGCCCUAGUAACAGGGCACAGAUGUAACUGCAAAGUUACGUAUAGUCUUUAUCUUAAACACUGCUGGUUGGAUGCAGAUGUUUUCUAAAUGAAUGAUUAACUGUAAGAAUGUUUAUCUCUGGCUUUUCUGAGUACAGUUAUAGGUGACAAGGUCAUGAAAAUUCACUUUUACUUAGCAGGGAAAAAGCAGUUCCUGAACUGGACAUUGAAAAUUUGUGCAUGUAUUUUCUAAUCUCAAAGAUUUUUUGCUUGGUAUGCAAAGAAAAAGUUAAACUGAAAUACAAAUUUUUAA